AUGGCUGACCCUCGGCGUUCCGUCGUUCGCAACCCUAGACCCUCAGCACCCGCGGCCGCCUCCACCCCUCCCUGUGGAGCCUGCAAGUUCCUCCGCAGGAAGUGCACUGCUGGCUGCAUCUUCGCUCCCCACUUUAGCUCCGAUCAGGGCUCCGCCCGCUUCGCCGCUGUCCAUAAGGUCUUUGGCGCUAGCAAUGUCUCUAAGCUCUUGCAUCAUAUCCCCGUCAACCGCCGCCACGAAUCCGUGGUUACCAUAUCCUACGAGGCCCAAGCUCGCUUGUCCGAUCCUGUUUAUGGCUGUGUUGCCACUAUUAUUUCUUUGCAACAACAGGUGGCAUCUCUGCAAGCAGAGCUGGGGGUGGUUCAAAAUCAGCUGAUGAAUAGCAGGUAUGCACUAGCAAGUGCAGUGCAGAGCUCGCAGCAGCAGCAGCAGCCAAGCAUGAACAUAGGACUCCAGCCAGCGUACUCCAACAACAAUUCAUGUGCUUCGACAAAUCUCAUGAACAUGAGCAGCAACUUCAGUCCUCCUUGUUUUGACCUUGCGAUGGAUCAGGCACCACCGCCUUCUUCCCACAGCUUGGACCCUCUUCAAUUCUCUCGCUUGUCCCAGGAGGAGGAAGACGAUGAACAAGAAAGUAGGAUUCCCCAUGUUUUCAACCAUCAGAUCCUUCACCCUUGA